UCAAUUGAAAAGAAGAGAAGAGAAGAGGAAGCAAUUAUGAAUCUAAGUGGAACUCAAAGCCGCAAAUCCACCCCCUUUCAUCAUCUGCUUGAACUCCUUGAAAUUGACCAUCCCGUCGCCAUCGACGUCGACCUUCCUGAUCAUCUUGCGGCAGUCCUCGAGGGUCCGGCCCUGCUUGAGGCCGAGGGAGGCGAGGACGGAGCGGAGCUCGUCCACGGUGAUGAAGCCGUCGCCGUUCUGGUCGAAGACGUUGAAUGCCUCCCGUAUGUCCUCCUCCUCGUCCCGCUCGUCCAUGAUGGUCUGGUACUGGUAGAGCUCCCCAAACUCGUCCAUGUCGACGAAGCCGUCGCCGUUGACGUCGAUCUUCUCGAUCAUCUGCGUCAGGUCCCCCUCCGAGAUGUAGAUCCCCAGGUUCUGCAGCGAGUCGCUCAGCUCUUUCCUCGUGAUCUUCCCGUCCCCGUUCCUGUCGAACAUCUGGAACACUCUCCUCAGCUCGUUCGCGUCCAAUUUUUUUUCUCUCUCUCUCUCUCUCUGUUUUUUUCUCCUCCUCGAUCGAAUUGAUUCAGGGGAAGUUGGGCUUUUCUGAUGGAUUACAGGGUACAAGGAAGGAAGAAUGAAUGGGAUUUGCUUUAUGAGGGGGUCGGGA